UCACAUCCUUCUAUUGUCAACAUGGCUGUGAAUCUGACUGAAUUGUCUCUUCCACAAUUAGAGAGCUUGAAAACUCAGCUUGACCAGGAAACAGAGUUCCUGUCAUCCUCCAUUGGUCAGCUGAAAGUCGUCCAAACAAAAUAUGUGGAGGCUAAAGACAGUUUAAAUGUUCUCAAUAAGAGUAAUGAAGGAAAAGAACUACUUGUCCCCCUCACCAGUUCUAUGUACGUACCUGGAAAACUUCAUGACGUAGACCAUGUCUUGGUGGAUAUCGGAACAGGUUACUUUGUAGAAAAGAAUGUAGAGGACAGUAAAGGGUUCUUUAAACGCAAAAUUGACUUUCUAACUAAACAAAUUGAGAAAAUUCAGCCUGCUCUUCAAGAGAAACAUGCGAUGAAGCAAGCUGUGGUAGAAGUUAUGAAUAUGAAGCUCCAGCAACUGCACAGCCAACAGGCAUCACAGUCUGGCACCACCAAAGCCUAAAAACAGUUCAAAGCAGCAUGGUAGAAAAUUCUAUGGAGACUGUUAGCAUUUACCCUAUAGAUCGGUCCAGUCUGCAACCUUCAGAGAAUCACUGCUUUGUUGUCAACAUGUCAUUCACUGCUCAUUGGAGGAUGAAUGUCCAGCACCUUGCCUAUAUUAAACAACUUUUCACUCUUUUUGUCCAAUGUUUUCAUUCUGAUGUUUAGUGAACAAAUGAUCCACUGGGCAUGGCUGAUGACUCUUAUCCAUAAAGCCUUUGAAGAGUUACCUUGUCACAAUGUGCCAGGCAAAUUUUUAAUUGUUAAAAAAAUAGAUCAUUUUGUGAGUAUUCACAGCGCUUCACUUUUUUCCACAUUUUGUUAUGUAAAAUUCUACAAACAAUACCCCAUAAU